AUGUCUCUUAAAACCUGGCCCGAAGAAAAAUAUCCUGGUUGCGAUAUGACGUUGCCAAAAUGCAGAAUAUGCAUAGUUCAGUACUGGAUCUAUCUUUGUGGGUGUAUUAAAUUUACCUGCCCGGGUGUUCCUGAUAUUAGGAAAAAGGGUAGCUGCAUGACGUGCUAUCAGUACCUAUCUAUUGAUGGACAACCGGAGCCAACUACAAUACCAAAGAUUAGGUGUAAUGAAGUACUGACUACUUGUGGGAAAGAGAGCUGUGCGGAGAUCUUCAAGCUUCCGAAGUGCCGAGUAUGCACAAAUGAGAUCAUCAUCUACAAAUGUGUUCAUUUGCAAGUCAAGAAAUCACACCGGUGUGAAGGGUGUCUUCUUAGCAAGAGCAGAUAUCCCAAGAGUCGACCAGAGUUGCGACUUAUACCCCACAAUGAGAAUUUGUAUGGCGGCGAGGUCUGUGAGAAUUAUCUGGACCACGAAGAACUUCGAGAAAAGCGAAAGAAAUUGACUUCCCAGGAAAGAGGUGGUAUUGAACAACUAGACCGGCAGCGAGCGGCUUUCGAUGAAGAGUUCGAAAGAGAAGAAAGGGCUAGGCGGAAGGCUUCGUCAAAGUUCAAUGAGAAUCAGACCCAACACAGUAGUCGACCAAAACGUAAAAACCCUGAUAUUAGUCACCGGAGACCGGAUAUGACAGCGCCUACGAAACCAGUAUUACGUGAACACCGACGCACGCAAUCACAUAGCUACGGUCAACCAGAGAGCCACAGGCAAGUAGACCCUGACUAUCCUAAUAUACCGGACGUUACAUUUCGGAGACCAACGGUGAUAAUGCAUCAAGAGCCAACGCGACCGCCAUACCAGGGCCAUCAAUAUACAUAUGUACGGGAACGCGAGCCAGAAACUCAAUACUAUCACACCCCGGUGAUUACAUCGAGUCAUGAGUCUAUAACACCAGCUUAUGAAGGUCACGGUUCUGCGACACCACCAGCUUGGGAACAGCCACAAUCUCCAUUGAUAAUAGAAGAAGAUGCACAAAGAUAUGCAGACUGGGAAAGACAACGGCAAAGAGAAGAAGCCCGUCCCAAGUAGGCAGAGAGAAGAAGUUCCAGGAAAGCUUCUCAUUAUGGAACCACCUUAACCCGAGAAGAUACACCUCAGAGGAAGUAUAGAGCUUCGAGGCGAUGAUCAAGCUACCAUGCUGAGUAUUCUUCGAUUGAGAUAACGUACUGAGACGAGUGGAUAUUUUCAGUAGAGUUCAAAUCAUUACUUGUGGGA